CAUCAACACCGCGGCGUCGCUAACUCAUCCUGAGGAUUUUUUACGUUUUUAAGUCAUUUUUUAAUAUUAUUUGUGAUAUAUAAGACUACUUAUAUAAAGAUGCCAACAAAACAAGAAACCAUCAACUUCCCCAUUCGCAAGACCCGCACAUCAAGCAUGAAGGCAGACAAAACAGAGGAAGUUUUGCCGGUUAGAAGAAGCUCCAGGGCUCGCACCACCAAGGAAAAUCUCUACGACAGUCCAAGGAGAUCAACAAGAGCUACCAAAGAUGCCUGCGACAGUCCAUACAGGUCAUCUCGCAGAACAGAAACACCAACCAGGGUGUCAAGAGCUGCGGCAAAGGACAUUGAUGCAGUUACUCCAAGCAAGAGGAGAGCAAGUGUUUCUGAAGUUGAGCAAGAAGGCUUAAUGUGCAGCCCAAACAAGCACUUGGUUAUUGAACUGGCUCGUUUGCCAAAGUCAAUAUCCAGCCCAGUCAAGUUACCACUUAAAGUAUGCCGACAGCUUCUUAGUGAAGAUUCCAAUCAGGAAAAUUCAGAAAACACACACAAAGCAUUGUCAGAUAAACCCAUUGAAGAUUUACCUUUAAGUCCAGUUAAGUUUUAUCCAGCUGCAAAUUCACCAGCAAAGAUUCAAAAUGCUGGUUCAAAUAGCCCCCUUAAAUCAUCAAAUAUCAUCAAUAUUGCAAGUCCCAGGAAGAAUAUUAGCAGUCUGAUUUCUAGCCUCCAAAGUCCAUCUAAAUCUCCAUCAAAGUCUGUAAGAUUAGGCAGUCCUGUUAAAUCCCCACUGAAACGUCUUGUAAUGGAAAGGUCUGUUAAGUCGCCCUUGAAGGGAAUGAGCAGCCCAGUCAAAUCUCCCCUGAAACGACUUGUUAUGGAUGGACCAGUAAAGUCACCCCUAAAGAAUCUGGACUUUGGUAGCCCCCGGAGAUCGCCUCGUAAAUUAGACCGAAAUGCCCAGAGUCCACGCAGAACUCCACGGAAACUUGCCAUGUCACCCCUGAAGUUUAGUAGUCCCUCCUCCAUGAUAUCAAAACUCUCGCUCGCAAGCCCCACGAACAAUAAAAAGAAUGCAGCCAUGGGUAUCUCCAAACCCAAUGUUACAGCAUACAGAGCAGUUCGCCAGAGUCUGAAUACUGGAACUCCCACUACCCUGGUGUGUAGAGAGAAGCAGGUGGCAGAUAUGGAGUCCUUUUUGAAAGAACACCUUCAAAAUGUCAAGCCAGGAUCAUUGUAUGUUUCUGGAGCACCUGGGACAGGGAAAACUGCUUCUCUAAACUCAAUUCUUGAUAGUAUGAAGCUUCCAAACAUCAAGAAGGUCUUCCUGAACUGCAUGACACUCAGGACUGCUGGUGCUAUAUAUUCAAAGAUAUUGUCAGAGUUGGGUCUCCAGCAAAGAGGGACAGAGAGAGAAAACAUCAAGGCUAUUGAGAAAGCCCUAACUUCAGGGAAGAAUCCAGUGCUAAUUAUGCUUGAUGAGAUUGACCAGCUGGACAGUAGAAACCAAGAAGUCUUGUACUCAAUCUUUGAGUGGCCAGCAUUAGCAGGGUCCAAGUUGGUGCUGGUGGGUAUCGCUAAUGCCCUUGACCUGACUGAUCGCAUAUUGCCUAGACUCCAAGCAAGACCAACUUUCAAGCCGAAGUUGCUUCAUUUCCCACCUUACUCCAAGGCAGAGAUCAUUAAGAUCAUCAAUCAAAGAAUCCAAGAGGCUGGACUGGGAGAUGUUCAAGUGAUAAAACCAGCAGCUGUAAUGUUUUUAGCCGGCAAGGUUGCAUCCGUUGCUGGAGAUGUUCGCAAGGCUUUAGAUGUAUGCAGAAGAGCUGUAGAACUCUGUGAAAUACAAGCACGGAGGCAGAGUGUUAUAAAACCUACAAAUGGAAGUCCUUCCAAGUCUCCAACAAAGAGGCCCAACCCACCCCCAAUGAAGAUGGUGGAGGUGCCCCAAGUAUUGGCCAUUUUUAAUGAGGUCUAUGGCUCUCGUGUUAUCUCUGCUGUAACAGAUGCCCCGGAGAGCUUUCCCCUGCAACAAAAGGUGUUGAUAUGCAGUCUGCUGUUGAUUAUGAAGCAUGCCAAGUCAAAGGAUCUCAAUCUUGGCAAGUUCCACGAUGUAUACACAAAAAUCUGUAAGAAGCGAAAUCUACCGGGAAUAGAUCAAAGUGAAUUCCUAUCACUAUGCACAUUGCUGGAGUCUCGCGGAAUGCUUCAGGUUAAGAAAGCAAAAGAAAUUCGCAGUUCAAAGGUCAUCCUACGUCUUAAUGUUGAUGAAGCAGAACAGACAUUAGGCGACAGAAACCUCUUAGCAGCUAUACUAGAAGAUAAAGAAAGCUUAGGGAAGCUAUGUAAACAGUAAAACAAUUACUAGAUCUUAAAAGAGAAUUCAUUAUGUAUAUAAAGCAUUUUGCUCCCAUUCAUUUCAUUUGGAGGUGAUCAUUUUCAUUUAAGAAUCAUUGAGGCAUAAAUUACACCCAAACUGAUCAUUUAACUUAGUAGAAUUUUGUGAAUAUACCUUUAUGUUGUCGAUGACACAGCUUUUUUAGUCGGUUUGCCUGUUAUCAUGUGUUUUAGCUCAGUGAAGUAAAUGAGGUUUUAUUUAAAGCGUGCUUGCAUGGAUGAUGUGUUGAUGCCUGUGGUUGCAUGCCAAAGAUAUUGUUUUUUGUUUUAGAAGGCCAUACAUGCAUGAAUAUGUUUUAUAGUGAAAAGAUUUGUAUGAAGUGUGCAAGAGGUACUAGUGCAAAUGAGUUUGCAAUUUUCAGUACUAUUUUUAUAUAGAUUUGCUAC